AUGCACGACCACCUCCUUGUGGAAGAGUCCAGUUUAGACAAACAUCGCCGCGGCAAGUGCGAGUCCUCCGCCUGUUCCUACGCAGAGCACUUUUCGGCUCAAACUGUUUCCACCAACCUCGCCCUGCGCACGCCAUUAAAACCCAUCACCCACACCGAAACUCACGGCCUGUCGGGACUAUAGGUGCGAUGCAUCUGGCUACGCUUCUAGCACUGGCAAGAUCUUGCUAAUCCCUUCGACCACCGAGUUCGGCCCUAUUCUUUCAAAGCUUACCCCCCAGCCGUCUUCCCGCCGCCCGAGUGGGCCCGGGAUCAUCGGGAGUUUCAUUGAUUUCGCAACGUUUACGCUCUGCGGUGAUGGGAAGGAGUAUGUCCACUACAUUUCUACCUGGCUGGAGAGGUGCAACACCACCUGGGCAUACUACUUCCCCCAUUCGGAAAUGGAGAAGAGGGGCAUCGAGGAUAUAGUCCUGCAGGCAUAUUCCUACGCUAUGAAACUACAGCGGGAAAUCCUCUUGUUCAAUGACGGUGGCUGGAGCAAGGACCAUGUGCAAUUGAGGAGCGCGCAAGAGACGGACUGGAAAGACGCAUUCCUGGACACAACGAUGAAACGUCGCUCGCGGUCCGAUGUGGAAAACUUCUUCAGUAGUAGAAAUAUACAAACACCUCGACGUCCCACGGAAACGGCAUCAUCUUCCAUGGACCCCUGGAAACAGGAAAAAAAUCUCCAUUAA